CUUUUCAAUUCAUUUAUCUGCAGGAAUGAUUGCCGCUAUCAGUCUCGCGUUCACCGCCCGGCUGAGGAGGUGAAAGUUUCUCCCCAGGAAGAUAAACCGCAAAAGACAAUAUUGUGCAUGAUUUGCGCCUUUUUUUUGCGGAGCGAAAAAAAAAAAAAAGGCCCCCCGAAAAAAAAAAAAUCGGGUGAGUGUGGGGAAGCUCGAAGAGGAGAGAGAAACAAUCUCUCGGCCACUUUGCAACAUUCCUAUAGCCAAAAAAAUCACUGAAGGAAGUUUCUUUUUUGUUUUUGUUUUUUUUUUUUAAUUUUUUUUUUUUUUUGCUACCCGUGUUGAACUCUCGCCGUUAUUGUUAUUUGCAGGCAGUUUAUUUUUGAGCUCACCCAACCCCCCCCUCCCCACUUAUACCUCCCUGAAAAGUCAAAGCAGAGAGACAGUGAAUAUUUUUGGGGCACAAUUUUAUUAUUAUUAUUUGCAACUGCGAAGACCUCUUCCCCCCUUCCGCACCAGCCUUUUUUUUUUCCCCCCCUUUUUUUUUUCCUUCCCCCUGCGCUGAUGCCGAAGGGGGUGUUUUUGAUGUGGUUGCUUUGGUGGUGAUCGUCGCUGACUUUCCAAAGAGGGUGUUUUCGCUGCCGCUGCUGCUGCUGCUGCUUCUCUCCGCGUUGUGUGUGUGCGCGCGUGCUUUUUUUUGGUUGCUGCAUCGACGCUGGGAAGAUGCUUCUGGAUGCUGGACCGCAGUAUCCCGCCAUAGGAGUCACUACCUUCGGAUCCUCUCGCCAUCACUCCACGGCCGAUGUCACGGACAGAGAAGUGGGGCUGGGGAUCAACCCCUUCGCCGACGGCAUGGGCGCCUUCAAAAUCAACCCCAGCACCCACGAGCUGGCCUCGGCCGGCCAGACCGCCUUCACCUCGCAGGCGCCCGGCUACGCGGCGGCGGCCCUGGGGCACCACCACCACCCGACCCAUGUCAGCUCCUAUUCCAGCGCCGCCUUCAACUCCACCCGGGACUUUCUGUUCCGCAACCGCGGCUUCGGGGAGGCGGCGGCCGCCAGCGCCCAGCACAGCCUCUUCGCCUCCGCUGCCGGCAGCUUCGCCGGACCCCACGGACACACAGAUGCCGCGGGACAUAUACUUUUCCCGGGGCUGCACGAGCAAGCCACCAGCCACGCUUCGCCUAACGUGGUGAACGGGCAGAUGCGCCUGGGCUUCUCCGGAGACAUGUACGGCAGACCCGACCAGUACGGCCAGGUCACCAGCCCCCGCUCCGAGCACUACGCCUCGACCCAGCUGCACGGCUACGGCCACAUGAACAUGAACAUGGCAGCCCACCACGGGGCAGGGGCCUUCUUUCGUUACAUGAGGCAGCCCAUCAAACAGGAACUCAUCUGUAAGUGGAUUGAGCCCGAGCAAUUGUCAAACCCCAAAAAGUCCUGCAACAAAACUUUCAGCACGAUGCACGAGCUGGUGACUCAUGUCACGGUGGAGCACGUUGGAGGACCCGAGCAGUCCAAUCACAUAUGUUUCUGGGAAGAGUGUCCAAGAGAAGGGAAACCUUUCAAGGCCAAAUAUAAACUUGUAAAUCACAUCAGAGUCCACACAGGUGAAAAACCUUUCCCCUGCCCUUUCCCAGGCUGUGGCAAAGUGUUUGCCAGAUCAGAGAAUCUCAAAAUACACAAAAGAACUCAUACAGGUGAAAAACCAUUUAAGUGUGAGUUCGAGGGCUGUGACAGGCGCUUUGCAAACAGCAGCGACCGCAAAAAGCACAUGCAUGUGCACACUUCCGACAAGCCCUAUCUCUGCAAAAUGUGCGACAAGUCCUACACGCACCCCAGCUCCCUCCGAAAGCACAUGAAGGUCCAUGAAUCAUCCUCGCAGGGGUCCCAGCCUUCUCCCGCCGCCAGCUCAGGCUACGAGUCCUCCACCCCUCCAACCAUCGUGUCUCCAUCCACAGAAAACCAGACUGCCAGCUCCUUAUCCCCUUCCUCCUCUGCAGUCCAUCACACGUCCAGCCACAGCACGCUUACAUCAAAUUUUAACGAAUGGUACGUCUAAAACGCUAAAACAAAACAACAACAACAACAAAACACAAACCGAAACAAAACAAAAAAGCCCCAAGCGAGCAAACAAAUACCCUAUUUAAAGACUCCAAAAUAAUGAACACUCUGAAAUCAAAAUUUAAAUGAGCAAACAAAAGUAAAAUGCUGCCAGUAGACCCAGGACUGAGUAAAA